GCCGAAUUGCGGUGCUGUUGCUCGGGUCCUCCGAACGCGCGGUGGUGCCGUGCUUAGGCCCUGACGGGCGGAUCUCGGGUCGGGAGCUGGAGUCUAUUGUUGGGCAGCCGGGGCGGUGACCCUUUCUUCAUGACAGGGCGUACAUGGCGUCGGCGCCACAACCACAACAGCAGCAACAACAGCCGCAGCAGCCGGGCUUGACAGUGGACCAGGCAAAAGUGAUUCUGGCUGAAGUGAUCAAGGCCUUCAGCUUGCCGGAGAAUGCGAUGAGGAUGGAAGAAGCCCGAGACAAUGCCUGCAAUGACAUGGGCAAGAUGCUGCAGUUCGUGUUGCCCGUGGCAACCCAGAUCCAACAAGAGGUCAUUAAAUCGUAUGGAUUCAGCAAUGAUGGGGAAGGUGUAUUGAAGUUCGCUCGCAUCGUCAAGGCCUACGAAGGGCAGGACCCCGAGGUCGCAGCCAUGUCCGGGAAGCUCAAGUCUAUGUUCCUGCCUCCAAUGACUGCCCCCCCACACAGCUCCAGCAUCCCCUCCUCGUAGUCUGCUGAACCAGGGGUGCUGGGAGCCUCGCAGGGCCAGGGACACCAGUCUAGGCCUCGUAGGCCUGCCCCCAGUGCCACAGGACUGCAGACAAUUGUCACUGAUCCCUCCACAGAAUCGUCUCCUCAAGUUGCUCGUGACUCUGCUUACAGUGUUUUUUCCCCUUCUGUCAGGAGCCUCAACGUGCUUUAAUCUCCAGGCUGGAGUGGAUGGUAGACAUCCCUAGAGGAGUACUGUAAGACAACAAUGAAAGACUGUCCUGUCCCGUGUGUGGAACACACAAUACCUAAGAACCACUCUAGGGUAGGCAAAGGGGCUACAAAAGAGUAGGGGAUUGCUCUGCGCUACCUUCUGGGCAGCACACACAAAAUGCUGGAGGAACUCAGCAGGUCAGGCAGCAUCUAUGGAAGGGUUAUAAACAGUCAGUGUUUCAGGCCGAGAGCCUUCAUCAGGACUGAGUGAAGGUGCUGGCUGCUGUCGUUCAUCCUGACUAGUGCAGGGUUUUUGUUGCAGUCAUAUCCUGACAGUGUGGUUCAGUUCUCGUGUGCUUUCUUCUGCUUGUGGGGUGUAGCACUUCUCCAGAUCCCUCAAGCUGUGUCCAGUUCAUUGUACCAAUAUAUAUCAGGUGAGGGGAAUACUCAUUCUACAUUUCCUGGGGCAAAGGUUGCUGGUGAGUUUGUCUGCUGCCAAUGCUCCCUGUAAGGGGGUGGGGGGGUUGUGGUGAGGAUUGUGAUUUUAACCUGAUAACUGGGUGGAUUCCUGUGAGAUUGGGGGCAUAGACUGGUUGCCCAUCCCGUCUAACUUCAGGAGAUAUGUCCAGUUCCCAAAGAGUUGGGGGAAAUGCUUGCAGUUGGGACACCAAACCGUCCUGGCUCUCCCGAAGACUGACCCAGAUGGGAGAAAGUGCCGUGGAGGAGCAAUGCAAGCAUUCGGUAUCCCAUCCAGCCCAGCCCCAUUUCCUGAAUAUGUUCACCAGGUCAGUGUCUCAUCCUUCACUGCUGAGUGAUUCACAUCAGCCAUCUGGUGCUGUGGGGAAACGAAGUGCCCCUUAGUGAAUUUAAAUUGGAUGUUUGAAGUAAUAAUCAUCUGGGGUAGGGAAGGUUCAGUCAAAACAUGACUUGGGAAGGCACCGCCUAUUUCCUCUCCAUUUCUGCAUCCAAUCCCUGGAGCUCCUGACCUAACAACUUCUGGGAGUGCCCUCAGCUCAAGACCACAAAGAAUCAAGAAGGUGGCUUACAUAGAAACAUAGAAAACCUAUAGCAUAAUACAGGCCUUCCGGCCCAUAGAGCUGUGCCGAACAUGUUCCUACCUUAGAAAUUACUAGGUUUACUUAUUACUAAGCUCCAUGUACCUAUCCAAAAGUCUCUUAAAAGACCCUAGAGUAUCCACCUCCACCACCAUUGCCGGCAGCCCAUUCCAUGCACUCACCACUCUCUGAGUAAAAAAACAUACCCCUGACAUCUCCUCUGUACCUACUCCCCAGCACCUUAAACCUGUGUCCUCUUGUGGCAACCAUUUCAGCCCUGGGAAAAAGCCUGUGGCUAUCCGCACGAUCAAUGCCUCUCAUCAUCUUAUACACCUCUACCAGGUCACCUCUCAUCCUUCGUCACUCCUAGAAGAAAAGGCUGAGUUCACUCAACCUUUUCUCAUAAGGCAUGCUCCCCAAUCCAGGUAACAUCCUUGUAAAUCUCCUCUGCACCCUUUCUAUGGCUUCCACAUUCUUCCUGUAGUGAGGCGACCAGAACUGAGCACACUACUCCAAAUAUGGUCUGUCCAGGGUCCUAUAUAGCUGCAACAUUACCUCUCAGCUCCUAAAUUCAAUUCCACGACUGAUGAAGGCUUGUCAUAACCCUUUGAAUGGGCUCUAAAUGCUGGGCUUGCCCAAAGAAAGAAUAUGGAAAAGAAAAAAUGUUCGUCCGACCUGAAAAGCCAAGGGCUUGAGGUGAGAGCAGCACAUAAUACGCACUACCUGAACCAACUUCAGAAAUAACUUUCAAAAGGGAACUGGACUUCGCUGGGAAAUUUUGCAGGAACAAUGGGCACUGUGAUCAAAUGCUCUGGGAACAAAUGCACACCUUGGGUUGACUUCCUGUCCUGAAUCUGUCUGUGCUUUUCAUUCUUGCUCCUGGCACUCUGUGGGUUUUAUCUAUAGCAUGAUCACAAGCCAUUGUCCUGUACCUGAAGAUUUCAUGUUGUGUACACAAUAAAAUGUGAUAAUGUGACAGAG